AAGCCAUGUCCCCUACAGAAUACCAUUAUGCGCUCAACGACCCCAAUGUAUACGUCCUAUACCGAUAUACACCAUCGAAAAUUGCGGCGGGCAUCUUUGUGUUUGCAUUUGGCUUCACAACAUUUGCGCACAUCUUCCAGUUAUUUCAAAAACGGACAUGGUACUUCACGCCACUCAUCGUUGGAGGCUUGUUUGAGAUAAUUGGUUUUAUUGGUCGAUCCAUCUCUCACGACGAUCAAUGGGCUCUUGGUCCCUUCAUCAUGCAGUCACUGCUUAUCCUCCUCGCCCCAGCCUUAUUCGCAGCUUCCAUCUACAUCAUACUCGGUCGCAUUAUUCUAUUGGUGGAUGGAGAGCGCUACUCUUUGGUGCGCCAGAAAUGGCUUACAAAAGUCUUUGUAGCGGGGGACAUUUUCAGUUUCCUCCUGCAGGGUACUGGUGCUGGUAUCCAGGCUAUGGCCACCAAAAGUUCCAUGCAUCUCGGUUCACAAAUUAUCAUUGGUGGGCUCUUCGUCCAACUUGUCUUCUUCGGCCUUUUCAUCGUCAUAUCAGGGGUAUUCCACUACCGACUCGUGAAGGAUAUACCUCUGCAGAAGCGCUACGGACCGUCAAUGAUCUUCCGCUCCAAGGAAGCUUUCCAAGCUGAAGCACCCUCCAAGCCCUCCCUGCCGCGGGAGAGCCUAUCCGACUUGCCCUGGAAGCGCCAUCUCUUUAAUUUGUACUUUGCGAGUACCCUUAUCUUGGUCCGCAGCACCUUCAGAGUGAUAGAGUACAUUGGAGGCAAUGCAGGUUACCUUUUAAGCCAUGAAGUGUUUCUAUACAUAUUCGAUGCAUUGCUCAUGCUCUUUGUCAUGGUGUCGUUCAACAUGAUCCAUCCCAGCCAGGCGACCGAGAUGUACCAGAUGAGGCUGAGAAGCGAGUCUUCUCUGGAGCUUCAGCAGGCACCAGUGGAACCUGUUGUACGGGAUGAAGAACGGCUGAUCAACUGUCAAAAGGUGGAUAGCGGAGUAUGGCUGAGCGGUUGCAUGCCAUUUGGACGAUGAAAGAGAUGUAUACACUAAGAUCUACAGGGCAGAUAUCGUCGGAGAUAAGAUGACAGGUACAACGUUAGCGUAGAAAGGAAACCACCGACCCGGAGAAUCACCGAUACGUGAGCACACUCUACAAUAGUACAUAAUGCAUCAAAA